AUGGUUCGCGGUAGUGGACGUAUCAAUAUGAAUAGAUUUCCACCAUCAUUAGCCGGACCAAUGGUUCCUCCAUUCAUGUCCCGCAGAGUUCCAAGACAUCCUUUUGAUAUAGUCCUUUGCGAAGGCGCUUUCCCUCGUGUUAAGCCUGGCGCUCACACUACCGAAGAAUCAGCUUUCAAUGCUGCUUUGCUCAAAAGGGCACAGGUGCUAACACCCAGUUCCGAAGAUCAUUCAUCCCUGUUGGGAGUUGUUACCAAAAUACAGUCUAUACUGGAUAAUAUUAUUAUAUCCCCAGGCAAAACCGAAGUAUCUAUUGAAGAGGUUAGAGUAGUUGGAUCUUUUAAAAAAGCGACUAUCAUGAAAGGCCACACUGUGGCUGACAUAGUGGUUAUUUUUAAAACUUUACCGACUAAAGAGAGUGUAAUAUCUUUAUCACAGCGAAUUAUAGCUGACUUCAAAGAAAGUUAUCCAACUGGAGAAAGUUAUCCAAGUGGAAUGCAAAUUGCUGAGGAUGUUUUGAUGGCUCCAGACAGCACUGGUUUUGAUGUUAUUUCAUCACAAGGUACUGUACGUAUACUAAUUUCUACUAUAUCUACAAAUUUAAAGAAGCUUACAUCUGGUCUACACUUGGAUGCAAAUGCAAUGAAACUACACAUGGGUGCCAUACGCCAUAGUCGGUGGUUUGAUGACAAUGCUUCUCAUUCAUCAAAUAAGAUGCUUGUUAGGCUUCUUAAAGAUUUGCGCAACCGUUUCAGUGGACUUAAGUGUUUAAAUCCAUGGAUGAUAGACUUAUUGGCUCAUCGUUCAUUGUUAAACAACAAACAAACAUUACCUAUUCAGAUAGCAUACAGGAGAGUCAUACAAUUACUAGCUGGCGGGCUAUUUCUUCCUGGUUCAGCUGGAAUAAUAGAUCCUUGCGAAAGUGGUAACAUAAGAAUUCAAACCUUACUAUCAUUAGAACAACAAGAUUUAUUGUGCAUGACUGCACAACAUUUGGUUCGCGUGAUGGCUCAUGGUGGUUUUAUUGCUGUACUAAAUGGAAACGAUAACAUUCUAAAAUUGAAGUCUAUCAACACUGUUAUUUUUGAAGACUUGCAAAAAGCGUACGAAAAACAAGAAGAGAUGGUAGAAGAUGUGGAUGCGGCAGGAACAGAAAAUGAAGAAGUAGCAAUGGAAAGUACUUGAGUCAAUAGUUAUAAAUUAGUUUUUAAAAAUUUGUGAUUUUUCGUGUAUAUAUUUUGUGUUUUUGUGUGUAUUGAGUGUGCAUAACUGGUUCAUUUUCUAUUAUAAAUUCAUAUUACGAUAUAUUAUAUUUACACAUUCAAGUACUUCAUUGUUUGUACAACCCUCUCAUUAAAUAAAUUCCUUCUGAUAUAA